ACCACUCUACCCAUGUCUCACCUUUAAUUCCACCUUGGAUUUCAAGCAGUAGCUAAAGAUAUAUAGACAAUGGCAGUUUUAAGAGUAAAGUUCACAAAAACUAAAAGGGACAAGCUGGCCCAGGUGCUGUGGAUCCUCAACUGGAUCUCAGUAGUUACUGGGGCUAUCCUCUUCAGCCUGGGACUCUUCCUCAAGGUGGAGAUCAACAAGCGUGGGGAGCUGAUGGCUGAGAGGGAUAUCCAGUAUGUACCCAACAUGCUAAUAGCGGUGGGCCUCAUUGCUUGUGCCAUCAACUUCUUGGGUGGAAAGAUCUGCUACGACUGUGUGGAUACAACCAAGUUCUUGCGCUGGAAGCUGAUCAUGCUGCCCUACAUUGUUUGCACCUUCUUCUUCACCUUCUGUGUGCUGGUUGGGGCGCUGAUGUGUUACAGCAUGCAUGGGGAGCUGGAGGAGUCUCUGAACUUGGGGCUGAGUCAGGCUAUGAAGUUUUACAAGGACACAGACACACCAGGGCGCUGCUUCCUGAAGAGCACCGUGGACAUGCUGCAGAUACAGUUCCAGUGCUGUGGAAACAAUGGCUAUAAAGACUGGUUUCAAAUCCAGUGGAUAAGCAACCGCUACCUGGAUAUGUCCCAAAAAGAUGUGGUGGACCGAUUAAGGAGUAAUGUGGAGGGGAAGUACCUGAUGGAUGGAGUCCCUUUUAGCUGCUGUAACAUCAACUCACCCCGGCCCUGUAUCCAGCAGCAGAUUACCAACAACUCUGCCCACUUCAACUACGAGCACCAGACGGAGGAGUUGAACCUGUGGAUGAAAGGGUGUCGCCAGGCGCUGUUGGAGUACUACACUCACAUUAUACAGUCUAUUGGUCUCACAGUUCUCAUCACCUGGCUCUUUGAGCUGUCAGUGUUGACAGGGGUUCGGUACCUACAGACCUCCCUGGAAAAUGUGCUGAGACAGGGAGAUCCUAACUCUGAAUCCGAUGGUUGGUUACUGGAAAACAGCUUCAUGGAAACUGCUCGUUCCAAUCUGAAUAUCAUCAAAAGCCUCGGCAAGAGCAACCAAAUAGACACAGCUAACAACGGAGAUCCCAACAUUGAUGUCCCGUCCACCUCCAAGGCACACUAUGGACCAGACAACGUUCCACCAAAGCAAAUAACUGAAGCCAGCUGAACUUAUCCACACCAAAAGACCUCAGAGAACUGAUUUCUUUAAAGUGCUGAAAGGGCCAUCAUACUGACUACUUGGGAGAAUUUUUCACAUGAAUAUUUUUAAAACACAAACUGCAGAUGGACAUAGCCAUAACAAAAUCUAUUGGUUUGUGGACUACCAUUCUGAAAACUCAAGUCUGUCAUUUGGCCAUCAUCUUAUUGGGUUUGUGGCCAAACACACUUUUUGUAUGCUGUAAACAUGUUUACUCUGGUCAGCACUAGUAACCUCCUUGUUUUAAUUUUUUUGCAUACUAACUGAUUUCUAUAGCAAAGC